AGCAGAGAGAGGAAGAGGUUAAGACAAAUAAGAAACACAUCUAAAGAUGAGUAUCUGUCUCAACCUCAGAAGAUUGCUUCUUAACUUUGUUAUUACCUUGACAAUGCUUUCUCUAUCCCAUGAAGCAAGACAAAAUCUCGAUUCCCCUGUGAGAGCAGUUAGUCUUGGUGGUUGGCUCGUUACUGAAGGUUGGAUCAAACCUUCUCUCUUCGAUGGAAUUCCAAACAAGGAUUUCUUGGAUGGAACUGGUCUUCAGUUCAAGUCUGUGACAACAGGGAAGUAUCUGUGUGCAGAGUCUGGAGGAGGAACGAUCCUAGUUGCAAACCGCACUGCCGCUUCGGGCUGGGAAACAUUCAGGUUAUGGAGGCUGAACGAGACCACUUUCAGAUUCAGGGUGUUCAACAAGCAGUUUGUGGGAUUAGAUGGGAUCAACGUUGUAGCUAUUACCAAUAUUUCAACUGAUUCUUUAACUUUCAAUAUUGUUAAGGAAAGUAAUAAAUCUAACCGCGUUCGAAUCAAAACAACUAGUGGUACCUAUCUGCAGGCAAAGUCGGAGGUGAUGGUGAGUGCAGACAUUUCAAAGGUAAGCGGAUGGAGAGACGAUGACCCAACAGUUUUCCAACUCACAAUUGGUGGAAGGAUGCAAGGUGAGUUCCAGGUCACCAAUGGUUAUGGCCCACUCAAGGCUCCCCAAGUCAUGAAGGACCACUGGAACAGUUUCAUUGUUGAAAAUGAUUUGAAGAUGAUAGCGAGUAAGGGAAUAAAUGCACUUAGAAUUCCUGUUGGAUGGUGGAUAGCAAGUGAUCCAACUCCACCCUCCCCUUAUGUUGCUGGUUCCUUGCAUGCUCUAGACAAUGCCUUCUUCUGGGCUCAGAAAUAUGGGUUGAAAAUUAUCAUUGAUCUUCACGCUGCACCUGGUUCCCAAAAUGGGUAUGAGCAUAGCUCCUCCAGAGACACUUCUCAAGAAUGGGGGAAAACAGAUGAGAACAUCCAACAAACCGUUAAUGUUAUAGAGUUCUUAGCUGCAAGGUACGCAAAAAGCCCAAGCCUGUAUGCGGUUGAGCUGAUAAACGAGCCUCUAUCACCAGGUGCCACCUUAGAGGCUUUGAACAAGUAUUACAAAGCUGGGUAUGAAGCAGUGCGCAAACACUCAAAAACAGCUUAUGUUGUUUUGUCAAAUAGGUUAGCGUCCUCGGACCCAAGGGAAUUCUUCCCUGUUGCCACUGGCCUCAUGAAAACAGUGAUUGAUGUCCACUACUACAGCCUCUAUGAAUCCAAAUUUGACAACUUAACCGUCCAAUUAAACUCAGUCUUUUUGUUUUGUAAUUUUUUUUUUUUGGUCAAGUUUGUUUUAUUAUGAAUUGGUCUAAUAUUAAUUGGAAUUCUAGGUGAAUGGGUUUCUGAAUGGAAAGUUAAUGGAGCCACGAAAGAGGAUUACCAAAGAUUUGCAAAAGCCCAAUUAGAUGUUUAUGGAAGAGCAACGUUUGGAUGGUCUUAUUGGACCUUAAAGAACGUCAACAACCAUUGGAGUUUGGAAUGGAUGAUCAACAAUGGUUACAUUAAGCUAUAAACAGCAGCUGAGGCAUUAGUGGCUCACUAGUCUAUCAUCAUGUAUCUUAAUAUAUUUCAUCUGUAUGAGUAUGAAUGUGUGUGUGAGUUGUAUGAAUAAAAAAAAAAAUUAUAGAUUGACGCAUGAAAAAGGUGGGAAAAAUAUAAAAUGGGUGUGUGAUCUCCAAAAAAUUUUCACAUUUUAAAGAAUUUCAUUUGAAAACAUAUUCUGAUUGUGAGGUUUUAGUUUUGGAUUCUCAAUCAGAGUUUUCUCUUGUAUUCAGCCACUGAUCUCGUGAUCCUUGAUAAUUGUAUAUGAACAUAAUUAUAUCAAGGUUUAUGUGUCUUUUAAUCA